UUCCUUUGCUUGCUGACCCCAUUCCCAUGGAGAGAAUGUGACAGGCUAUAAAUGUCACAUGAUUCGCUUCAGCAGAGAAGCAAGUGGUGGGAGGGUAAGUGCACAAUCAUGGCUUGUGUAAAGCAAGAAGUAGGUACCAAUGUUCGGAGCCCAGAACCUGAGAAAGAUUUCAUUGAGGAGGAUCAGCAUGGUGUCAUUGUCGCUCCUGACGUAGUGCUCCAGGUGGAGGGAGAGUUAUUCUUUGUGAACCGCAAUCAUUUGGCCCAGAUGAGUCCCUACUUCCGAGCCUUGUUCUUCGGUGGCGGCCGGGAGAGCACUAGGAAGCACAUUGAGAUUAAGGGAGUUGGACUGUGGCAGUUUCAAACCCUGAUGGAGUUCACAAAGAACUUAAAGCUGACCCUAGACCGAAAGAACGUCCUUGAUCUUCUGGAGGCCGCCGACUUCCUUCAGUUGGACAGGGCUCGGCUACUCUGCUGUAAGUUCUUGGAAAGGCAACUGCAUCAUAGUAACUGUUUGGGAAUGAUGGCAUAUGCUUGGCACCUUGGCUGUCUGGACCUCUACGUCGCUGCAAGGGAAGUAGCCUUGACCCAUCUACCUGCCAUAGCCUCCGAGCAGGACUUUAUGGUCCUUUCAAAGGAAAGCAUUGCCAACCUCCUCGCUAGCGACAACUUAAGCAUUCCCAGGGAAGACCUGGUCCUUGACGUCGCCCUUCGCUGGGCAGCUUUUGACCCAAGUCGGGAAGAAGACUUCAUGGAACUAGUGGGCCUGGUUAGGCCUGAGUGCUUAAGUCUUCCCUACAUUACGGAUCUUCUGACCAAGAUAAACAGUUCGGACCCACGUGCUAAGCUAUGUAAACUGAACGAUAACUUGCCCUGUAGUUGGACUAUGGGCAGGUCUAUCCCUAGAACUCGUUCAAGGGAAACUCUGUUUGUUCUCGGUGGGCCGCAUGAGCAAGAAGAGCAAUUGCUGUACCAGUUCCACCCCUACAGUGGAAGGUGGCAAUCCCAUCCACCCCUGCAAAAGAAGUGUCUCACACAGUACUCCGUGGCUGCAGUAGGGGACUGCAUAGUAGUGACUGGAGGCUACUUUCGGGAUGUGUUGUGGUACAACGUGGAUUGGGUGAGCAUUUAUCAAUGUGCCAAUGAGCAGUGGGUGGAUGGCCCGGCGAUGCAAAAGUCCAGACACAGCCACUGCUCAGCGGCUCUGGAGUUCCAGCUGUUUGUGUUUGGCGGUAGCACGGAUGAGGGACCCGUGGCUGACGUUGAGAGGUUGGUUCUGGGAGCAGAAGAAUGGGAUGCCGUCAGUCCCAUGGUGAGGGCUGUGGAAAGGGCGGCUAUUGUCAGUUUGGGGACUUGUAUUUACAUGGCCUGUGGUCUGGAUGCGAAUGGCGACGUUUACAGUGGGAUUCAGAGGUACAGACCAGAGGUUGACCAAUGGGAUGUGGUAUCAUAUUCUCCAUUCCCACGUUACGACCUUCUCGCAACAGAGCUCAAUGGUGCCCUCUAUCUGCUGGGAGGACAGGCUCUGCGCUUAGACAUCGACACAGACGAGUGGACCAUUCUUCAAGAGGACUGUCUGGACAACAAAUUCUUCACAGGCUGUGCCACAGUAAACGGGCAGAUUUACAUACUAAGCGAGAGGAAGAUUAACAAAACAUUCCCUAACAUGAUCCUACUGGACCCUUACAUUGACACUUGCUUAGAAAUUGAUGAUACAAUACCUUGCCCUGUACCCAUACGAGGUUCAGUCACGAUGCGUGUGAAUCCCUUCUGAAGCCACGGUUCUUUUAGCCAAAUGACACAAUAAACCAAAUUUUGUUGAGCAAGGUUGGGGAUAAUUAUUUAUGUGAGGAUCAUAGAGUGCCGAAGUUACGACGUCACUCUGUAGGGCAAAACGCGGAAGUGAGUUAGCAUUUUAGCACUACGGUU